GCAUUCAGUCUCACUCAGCGCUCUGUUCAACCGCAGCUCAUUGCGCUCCAGACGCUCCACGCACCCGAGUGCGCAAGACCGCUGCGUUUAGGUUAGGCUAUAAUAGUAGAGAAAACACAGUAGUGUUAUUGCAAUGUCACACUUGGAUCGAUAGAAAUCUGCAUAUAUAUAUAUUCAAUCAUUUGCAUACUUCAAAACCUAUAUAAACCAACCGUGGCGCUGAAGUAUCCUCAAACAUGAGCACCAUCUCGGAUGGCGGUGAUGUUUUUGAUGGAGAUAUGCGUCCUGACAGUUCAUGACAAAAGGCACCCAACUCUAUCUUUCAGCGUCCGAUCAGCCGUGGCAAAGAAGAGGAGAGAAGAGCGCAGGAUGAAAAGCACUGGCUUACUACUGGGUUACUUUUUGAUGAAAGUUCUUGUGUGCGACGCGGAAGGAGAACCUGGGAAGAACCUGGAUGGUCUGGUGACGGCGUCUGGGUCCAACGACUCUAGAGACGGGGGAAACGGUCUCUCUGAGACCCCUCACACGGAGGACAGGUGUCGGGGCUAUUAUGAUGUGAUGGGUCAGUGGGAUCCUCCGUUCGUGUGCCGGACGGGGAGUUACCUGUACUGCUGCGGGACCUGUGGCUUCAGGUUCUGUUGCGAGUUUAAGAACUCCAGGUUAGAUCAGACCACAUGCAAAAACUACGACACCCCGCCGUGGUCCAUGACUGGCAGACCACCGCCGAAGAUGAUGGACCAACACGAUCCGACUAAGGAUAAAACGAAUUUGAUUGUGUAUAUCAUAUGCGGAGUAGUUGCUAUCAUGGCGCUGGUUGGGAUAUUCACCAAACUUGGCUUGGAAAAGGCGCAUCGACCUCACAGAGAGAACAUGUCCAGAGCCCUGGCCCAGGUCAUGCGCCAGACAGCUCCCGGAGAACAUGUGGAGAGGGAGGAGAGUUUGGCAGUUCAUGGACAACACUACGAGAACAUGCAGGCCAGAGCAACAGGAAACAACCUGCAGGGCGCCCAAAUGAACAGUGUGGGGCCUGGUUCAUCUCUGAUGCAAGCCAUGACACAAUACCCUGCACUUGGACAGGUACCUGUAGCUCACCCCUAUGAGCCAUCUCAACCUGGAAAGGAGCUCAACAAGUACGCUUCGCUCAAGGCUGUGGCUGAAAAAGCGAAUGAAAACUUCUACACUAACAGACGGCACCUAGCCGACCUGGCAGCGAAAGGCACUCUUCCCAUGCACUCGGUGAGUCUGGAGCAGGAGCCCACCAACCCUUACAGCCCCGAGCUGCCCUGCCAAAAGCAGAACGGACACAAGUCCAAAAGCACCAAGGUCCACAGUUCCCACCCGCUGGCAUUUGGCUCGAACACCAUCGCCAACCCCGGCAUGCUGAAGAACUGGGAGGUGACAGAAACGCUGGGUCGACGGCAGACGCACGGCCCCAGGAAGCACAGCGCCACCGUGGAGCAAGUGAACGAGCUGACGUCCGCCCACAGCCAGCACUACCUGCCGCCACAUCCGUACUUUGUCACCAACAGCAAGACUGAGGUGACCGUGUGAACGGGGCCACAACACCGGGUUUAUCGAGCCCAGGCCUGAGUGGAUGCGUGGAACGAGGAUAACAAAGGAAGCCUAAUUGAGGAAGAAGAAGUGUGGAUUAGGACCCAGUCCUGCUGGAAGGACUGACCGAACGGUCUGGUUUGAGAUCUGCAUGGCUGUAUGUGUGCUGUUUGUCUUUGAGCGGUUGUGCAUGGAACAGGCAUGCAUUGGACUUCAGCCUAAUUUGAAACGGAAAGCGUAACGUUACUCAAAGGAACUCUUUCUGUGUCCAUUCCGUCACAAUGCCAACGAACAAUUGUGAAAUGAAAAAAUGAAAACCUGUAGUGAUGAGUUUGUCACAAGGCCAUCUGUCAAAGUGGUGAGGACAUGUUCAAACCCGAAACAAUCAAUGCAAUCAAACGUUCUAGGUUGGAAAAUAGUCAUGAUUCGCAACAGCUUGUGAGAAAGUCGCUCAAGUCCAAAACACACAUUGUUUUUCUCAGAAUCUUGUACAUAACAGAAUGUUACCAAGGAUGUAUAACGUCAAAAGCUUCCUCGGAUAAUCACAGAACAUCUGUCUGGAAGAUUAAGGAUGAUGUGAAGACAAUCGUGUCUCUAGUUCUUCUCAUCUCAACUAUCGAGACUUUCCAGAGCGUGUGCACCAAAAGCCACCUGUAGCAAUGUAACACGCUAUAUCCUGACAAACACUAGGCUUGUGCCUUUCUAAAAGAGGAACUCAUUAUCUAAGAGCUCUUGUGCUUUUCAGCAAGCACAUGGUGUUUCUUCAAAAACAAAGAUGCAUAAAAUAUAAACAAAUCUAUUGUUUACGGCUGUCAUAUUUCAGUAGAAAAUGUUGAUUGUCAGUGUUCUGAAAUACACAUUUCCCCCUUUCUGUUUCACCAUUUUUCCUCUGAUGUGUUCACAUACUGUACGCCCCAAUCUUUUAGUGCAACUGUAGACUGUAGAAAAAGGAAGUGCUGUAGGGUUAAUGAUAGACAUUCAUUAUCUUUCAAUGUUAGAUAUGAAAAAAAUGAAUGGUUAAUUCUGAUACAGAACAAGAUUGUCAAAACACUGCCAUUGUUGCAUUCCCAGUAUUUUUUGGUAUUGAAAAUGAUUCAGUAGUUUCUUUUGUUUUUAGCAUCAUAAUGUGAGCCAUUUCAAUUAGCAUAAGGGCAGAAGGCUGCAUUCAAUUUCGAAAACUGAGCGUUUUGUCACCUACAUCCAAAUUAUCCCAAGUAUCUGGUUGUGAAUAAUGUGGGUUACGUAAACUUUAAUUGCUCUGAAACAAGUGGCUUUAUCUCAGUGCACUUAAAAUGUUUUUGACCUACGUCAUUUAAUCUUACCUUAAUUGAGCUGGCAAAUUAGCUGGCUAACUUGUACUGAAAAUAAAAGGAAAUUUACAUAUCUAGUAGCACAGCUUUCUGCAGUGUCACAUUCUCUUAUUUCGCAAGUAGAAAACUCAUUCUCGGUAUUUACAGGAAGUAGUAAACUUAAGGGGCAGUCACACUAGAUUUUGUGUUCGUAUUAUGCUUUUUUUUAAGUUUGGUGAACUCUAGCCUGCAAAUUUGUAUAGUGAUGUUUGAUCAUUAGGGGAUCUAAAUGUCACAGACUGACCUGUUGCUAGUGGCACAGACUUCAACUUUAAGUUAAGCUACUUGCGUGGUUUGCAGUUUCACUGGACACUGGACUUGAAUAUUUUGAAUGUAUCAUUAUUAGGGCUGUCAGAGUUAACAUAACACAUGGGGUUCAUUUCUCUUCUAGAAUUCAUUCAAUAUAUCAUCAAGCAAAAUGAUUAACAGUCAGUUACCAGUACCUUUUCUGUUAAACUUACAGACAUUUACCUGAAAACACAACACAAUGUAAUGCGUAACUGAAAAUACGGUUAAAACACCUGCGAAAAAUCUAUUCAGAAAUUUCAUAUUAACAUCGUACAUUGUUCUGUGAUAUCUGUGAGCUAGUAGCAACCUUUUAUGUGUGGUAUUCAAAAAGCACAUUUAAAUAUCAUCAAAUCAUAACACCAAUUAAAGGGUUAGUUCACCCAAAAAAUUCUGUCAUUAAUUACUCAUUCUGUCGUUCUACAGCCAUAAAACCUUCGUUCAUCUUCAGAACACAAAUUAAGAUAUUUUAUGAUAAAA